GAGCCCCGCCGCGGAAGGCCGAGCAGUAGAGCCAGAGAGGCAGGAGGAGGGCUGCGCGAAGAUCGAAUCGCUGCAUCUCGUCCCGCUGCAGCCGGCAGCAUGUCUCACGCGUCUCCGCUUCAGAAGCCUUCCCACGCGAGCAACCCCCGGGUCUUUUUCGAUGUGGAUAUUGGGAGCGAACGAGUUGGCCGAAUCGUAUUAGAAUUGUUUGCUGAUGUUGUACCUAAAACUGCUGAAAACUUUCGAGCAUUGUGCACUGGAGAAAAAGGUAUUGGUCCUACAACUGGAAAGCCUCUUCAUUACAAAGGAUGUCCCUUUCAUAGAAUUAUCAAGGAAUUUAUGAUCCAGGGUGGAGACUUCUCAAAUCAAAAUGGAACUGGUGGAGAGAGUAUAUAUGGAGAAAAAUUUGAAGAUGAAAACUUUCAUUACAAGCAUGAUCAGUCAGGUUUACUCAGCAUGGCAAAUGCAGGAUGCAAUACGAAUGGUUCUCAAUUUUUUAUCACCACGGUGCCAACACCUCAUCUUGAUGGGAAACAUGUGGUCUUUGGCCAAGUGAUCAAAGGCACUGGUGUUGUAAAGUUAUUAGAAAAUGUUGAAGUAAAAGGAGAAGAACCUGUGAAGUUGUGCGUUAUUGCAGAAUGUGGAGAGCUAAAAGGAGAUGACUGGGGAAUCUUGCCUAUGGAUGGCUCUGGAGAUAUUCACCCAGACUUCCCUGAAGAUUCGGAUGUAGAUUUAAAGCAAAUUGACAAGAUUGUGUCUGUAGCUGAAGAUGUAAGAAAUAUAGGUAACACUUACUUCAAAUCCCAGAACUGGGCAAUGGCAAUCAGUAAAUACAGCAAAUCUCUAAGGUACAUUGAAGCUUCUAAAGCUGUGGCAGAGCAGGCAGAUUCAGAGAAGUUGAACGCUGCAGCUUUGACCUGCUAUAUAAACAUUGCUGCAUGUAAACUGAAACUGUCAGAGUGGCAAGAUGCAAUUGAAAACUGUACUGCGGCUCUGUCCAUAGAUCCUGCAAAUACCAAAGCACUUUACAGAAGGGCUCAAGCUUGGAAAGGAAGACGACAUCAUGAUCAGGCAUUGGCUGAUCUGCAGAAGGCUCAAAGCAUAGCACCUCAAGACAAAGCUAUCCAAAUGGAAAUACAGAAAGUGAAGCAGAAGAUAAAGACAGAGAAGGAAAAGGAGAAGGCAGUUUAUGCAAAGAUGUUUGCUUAGGUUGAUAUUGUUUUCCCUUUUUAAGUUGUGCACUGACAAAAGAUGCAGAAUUAGUAUGGAUAGUGUGUAAUACUGAUGCUAUUUUCCAUGUUUACACCAUGAGUUUUCUUGAAACGACAUAUAUUCUUUCAAACUAGUUUCAUCAUUAAGUUCAUUAAGAAGGCACUUAAUGGAAAUAAUAUGCUAAAAGUGUAAGAGCAGCUACAAAAUGAAACUUAAUAAUGAUCAAGUGCAAGGAAUUUGGACAAUGUUCAGUAACAUACCUGAGAUUUAGUUCAGCAGGCAAUUACUGCAGAUUUCAAAUGCUGUUAAGUGGUGUUAAAUAAACAAUUUUUAAGCAUCGUA